UUUGGACAAUGGACACUGUUUUGGACAAUGUACACUGUUUUGGACAUGGACACAACUCCAGUCCAGCAGGUGGUAGCAAAACACUGUUCAACUCGAUGCGACGGUGAUAAAGACGAAGAAGCAGCAAGCCUAACAUUAGUGUUAGCUUUUGGUUAGCUAAACAAUGUAAACACUUCUCUGUUGUAAACAAACUAGUCUUCGAGACCUAACAGUUUUCUCUAGGAGCAUUUUCUUGGUACCGAGCAAACGGUGUAUUAUAACAGAUCCUAGAUCAAUGCGUUAUAAUGACGUUAUUGUUUAGCUUAGUUUAGCUAGCCACGUAUUUAUAAACAAGUUGCUGCGCAGUGAUAGUUAGCCAGCUAGCUAAGUGAUGAUGGAGAGGUUUCAUUACAUUUCUGCAUCCGUGAAGAUUGAAUGAAGAAGGUGGACGUGUUUAUUACUCGAGCUCAGGAGGAAGAUGGGAACUCCGUUUAAGAUCCCGAAGAAGAAACAACUUCCGGAUACUCCAGACAUUCGCAUGACGUCACCUCUCGCUCGGCUUCAGGUUGACGUCACACCCAAAUCUCCCUGGAAUCGAGAUGUUUUUAACGGGCACAAGACGAACAGAAGCAGCAUUGUCAAUGGGAGAAGAGAAACCAAGCCUGCAUGUACCGGAACUGACCGAUGGAGACCCAAGAGGGCAUCAGAUAAGCUGUGCGAUCGUGAGGACAACAAACACACACCUUCAUUUAAGAAAAAAUGUGGUCUCGGUCUUGCUGAGAAAUGCUCAUCAUCACAGCCUGAGGAUGAGGAGGAUGAUGAAGAGGGUGAGAAGAAGAUGGCUUCUCCGGUCAGAGAAACACGGAGCGCAAACACUCGGGCGUCUGUGAACACAGCUGUAGCGGACAAGCAGAACGGACAGAGCACACACUCUUCUUCUCACACACACUCAGAGGACAGAGCGCCGGCAAAGCUAGCGAGGACGCCCAAGGACACACACGUCCACUCCAGUGAUUCCAGCGAUUGUCCUUACACCAGGAGGAAGCUGAGAUUUCCUCUCAAAACCUACCAGAGAACCAAAACAAGCUGCACAGAACCCAUUGUAUUGUCCAGUGGCGAUGAAGAUGAGGAACACGAUGAAGCACGAGGUGACGUUCGAUUAAAUCCAGAUCUACAGAAGAACCAUAGGUUAGAAGUUCAGAGUUCAUCUCCUGCCAUGAUAGAACUCGCCUUCUCCACUCUGUACUUUGGCACAACGCGGAGUAACACCAACGGACCCAUCAUGAUCAAGGAAGAGUGCAUCUUGAUUCCACUAAAAGGAGCGGAGUGUGGUGACACACAGGUGUCGGUGUGUUUGGUUCCCUCUGAGCUGCGAGCGUACGGUGUGUGGGACGCAGUUGGCAGUGGGUUGACGGAGCUGUGCGACUCUUCAUCAUCCCUCCUCUUCUUCAUCCUGAGCAACGCUCAGGCCCGACUGCUGCACACUGAGCUGUCUGCGCUACACAAAGACACAACUGCCCCACCCUCACCGUUUGUGUUGGUGCAAUUGAUUGGUCGAUUGGACGAUCUGCAGGAAGCCACCAUAGCGUCUCUGAUGGAGAUUAUGUCUGUGAGGAACGGACACACGUCCUUGGGAACAGCUCUGUCCCGGGAGGAGGGGCUGAAACGGGUAACGUGUCACCGUCACGGUGCCCAGUUCCUCACUCUGCUGGGGAACAAAGUACCCAAUCAGAGUCACAACGGGGCCAGAAGUGGCAGAGCUCCUGCUGUCACGGGUAUCAGACACACACUACGCAGCCAUACAAGACAGUCAAGCAUGCCCAAAAGGUUAAUUCAGUACCCACCUCCACCCUCGAAAGGCGCCAUCACCGUGACAACCGAAGACCUGGAGUGCCUUAGGGAUGGUGAAUUCCUCAAUGAUGUCAUCAUCGACUUCUACCUCAAGUACCUGCAGUUAGAGAGAGCAGAUCGGGACGUGGCCGAAAGGUCGCACAUCUUCAGCAGCUUCUUCUACAAGCAGCUCACACGCAAAGCCAAUAGCAGCGAAGAGGAGGCGGGCUGCACGGCGCAGUACAGACGCCACGGCAGAGUGAGAACGUGGACCAGAAACGUCGACAUCUUCAGCAAGGACUACCUCUUCAUACCUGUCAAUCAGGAAGCUCACUGGUACUUGGUAGUGAUCUGUUUCCCCGGCCUGCUGCAGCCCGAGUGCGUGCCGUGGAAGAAAAGCCAAACAGGAAGUUUGGUUGAUCCAAAGGGCAACUCAAAGGACAGCACUCUUAAAUCCAGAGAUCUUCCGAAUUGCACAGUGCUCACCUGCCAGAGGAACAUGGUGACCAGGAGGCCCUGCAUUCUGAUCAUGGACUCCCUGAAGCUGUCCCACCACUAUCGCAUUUACACGCUGCUACAAGAGUACCUCCAGGUGGAGUGGGAGGUUCGUAGAGGAACGCCGCGACUGUUUAAUAAAGACAACAUAAAAGCAAGCCACUGCAAAGUGCCGCUGCAGGACAACAGCAGCGACUGUGGGCUUUACCUGCUGCAGUACGUCGAGAGUUUCCUGCAGAAUCCAGUCGUACACUUUGAUCUCCCGCUCCAGCUCGAACGUUGGUUUCCCCGACAACAGGUACGCAGGAAGAGAGCCGAGAUACGUGAGCUGGUGCUUCAACUGUACCAGAAGCAAGUGGGCGGAGCUGUGCAAAGCAGCUAACGGGACCGGACCAAGUGUCGGACGUGGACGUUUUGUACCGGGGUUUUCCCAUUCCUGCGAUUUUUAAUGCUGCACGUACACGUGUUGAAGUUCACAAGACAGGAUUUUCGAUCACGUUCCUUUAAAAAACACGUCGCACUGAAAACACCUUAGUAUUAAUAAGUGUGUUAAUGUGUGCAAUCGAUAAUUGUGCAAAGGCAACUAAAGGAGUAAGAGUGAGAAAAAGCAUUUUACAAAGAUGUGAAGAAUAUUUGUAUUUCCUGUUAAUUUAUUAUAUUUGUAUAGUUUGUGUUUUAAUAUAUGCAGUCAAAAAUAAAGAAAGAAAUGUAUUGCUUCUAAA